AAAAUGUAGAAGUAUAUAUAUUAUCUAGUAUAAAGUUUAUAUUUUAUUAUAUACACAUACAUACUAAAAAAAGAAAAGUAGGAGUGGUCCAACCGCUGAGUUAGAGAGAUUGAUACAACAAGCCAGUAGGGUUGCUUGUUAGUGGUACCUACCACAUCUAUCUAGCUUUAGAGAGUUCAAAAUCAUAUAUAGCUGGUGUUCUUUUAUCAACCAUGUUAUGUUAACUUCAGAUAGAGAUUCUUCCAUUUAUCACAAGUAUAAUUAAGGAAGGAUAUGAUAAUUUGAUUUUGAUCAUUAAUGGAUGACAUACUAACAAAUCUUUUGAGACUCACAAGUUAUAUUAGUGACCGAUUCUUAAAAUUCAUAGAGGAUUUGGUACUUAGAGAUGCAGUUAGGUAUACAGAAAAUUUUGGGGCCACUCCACUGGGCAAUUCAUCAGCACACAAUUCAAAACGUUAUUACACAAGAAGCACGUCUUUGCAACCUUCUCAAGUAGGAAGUGAAAACCAUGAAAUCUAUGGAAGAAGAGUCAUUAACAAUAAUAGUGAACUGCUUGUAGAUACCAGAUCUAUUGCUGUAAAUGCAAGUUAUGUCUCUGCUGCUGUUCCUUCACUUUUAUUAAAAGGUUUGACACUCCCAUUUCUUGGUCUACAAUAUGCUUGGAGUUUGGGAAUGGCCUCUUGCAGAUAUUCUUUCUCAUGCAUUAGAUGUGCUCAACUUCAAGUUCAUAGAAUUACAUCUCGUGUGUUGAAAACAUUGCGCGGUUCUAGUGAUGAUAUUGGGUGGUUGCAGCAUGCUCCUGGAAUGCCUCCAGUACAUGAUGGAUCUUCAAGAUUCUUAGAAUUGCUAUCAGACAUAAGGAAUGGAAAGGACUCAAUACCUAGUUCAUUUGUUUAUUUGCUGAUUCCAGGUCUAUUUAGCAAUCAUGGACCCUUGUAUUUUGUUGCCACUAAGAGGUUCUUUUCAAAGAUGGGUCUAGCUUGCCAUAUUGCAAAAGUUCAUAGUGAGGCAUCAGUAGAACACAAUGCCAUGGAAAUCAAGCAGUAUAUUGAGGAGAUUUACUGGGGUUCUGGCAAGCCUGUUAUGCUACUUGGACAUAGUAAAGGUGGUAUUGAUGCUGCAGCUGCUUUGUCUCUAUAUUGGUCUGACUUGAAGGGCAAAGUUGCUGGUUUGGCACUGGUACAGAGUCCAUACGGUGGCACCCCCAUAGCUUCUGAUAUUCUCCGUGAAGGCCAGAUUGGCGACAAAGAAACCCGGAGGAUCCUGGAACUUAUAAUAUGCAAAAUAAUUAAGGGUGAUAUAAGGGCAUUGGAGGAUCUCACAUAUGAGAAGCGGAAGGAUUUUAUCAUGAAGCACAAGCUCCCCUUGGAUAUUCCUCUGAUCUCCUUCCGUUCUGAAGCAAGCAUUACCCCUAGUGUUCUUGCAACAAUGACACAGAUAGCUCAUGCAGAACUUCCCCGGCUCAUUCUACCAAAAUUUGGAUCAAAGGUGUCUGAUCAAUUUGUCGAAUCAGGACGCCAAGUUCCUGUAAUGGUUCCUGUCUCUGCUGCAAUGGCUGCAUUUGCUCUCCACCUGCAGCUGCGAUAUGGUGAAAAGAGUGAUGGGGUAGUGACAUGCCGCGAUGCUGAAGUUCCAGGAUCAGUUGUUGUAAGGCCUAACAUGAAGCUAGAUCAUGCCUGGAUGGUUUACUCUUCAAAUUCAAAGAAGAAGAAAUCAAGCGAACCCGAUGCUCGCGAAAUGUGUCAAGCUAUAUUUACUUUACUUGUAGAGCUUGGUAAGACAGAAAGGGAAGUGGAGCAAGUCUUAUAACUCCAGUUUUGGGUCCUCAAAUCACUUAGUUGUGUUGUUUGUUCAGUUUUCUUUGGUUGCUUUGUUUUCAGCAUUUCAGCUCCAUGUUUAGCUACUAUAAUGCACAAUUCAGUUUAGUACUCUUUUGAAACAUUUUCAGGAUUCUAUUA